CCGUUGUUCCAUAACCAUGUCCAGCCUCGAACUUCCCUACGCAGCAGAUGCAGAGGACUCGUUAUCUUUUGACAACUUGGAGGUCUUGAGAUUGCAAUACGAGCGAGAACUAUUACAAGCACAUGUCACUGUCCAGACCAAAUUCAAUUAUGCAUGGGGACUUGUGAAAAGCCCUUUGAGAGAUCAUCAAGUAGAAGGUGUGAAGCUGCUUCAAGAGCUGUACAGGUCGGAGCCGAAGCGACGGAGAGAAUGUCUUUAUUAUUUGGCACUGGGUCAUUACAAGAUGGGGAAUUAUGAAGAAGCCAGAAAGUUUAACGGACUUUUACUAGACAAGGAGCCAACAAACUUACAAGCCAUCAGCCUGGCACAGCUCAUUGAGAAGGGUGUCACAAAAGAGGGCUACGUUGGAAUGGCAUUAGUGGGCGGUGCGCUCGCACUUGGCACGCUAGCCAUGGCCAGUUUUAUACGGCGAGCAACCCGAAAAUAAACGUUCGUCAUCUUGCUGACCGCGACCGCUAUCCACGUCCAUAUUCACGAUCCUUGGUUCUCUUUCCGACAUUUUCAUCUCCAAUCCUCGUGCUCGCCCGGACACGCCUGCAACGCUUCCAUCUCAUUUUAUUCUAAAUUACGCUCUCAAUUCACAGUCAAGGAUGAAUUUGUUGUUGCUAUAUCAUCAAUCGUGUAUUUCUACUGGUCCAUCUACGGUCACUAGUUCUGUGAUCUUAAUGUUUUCCGUUUCUUUUCUCGACGAGUUCCCAGAUCUCAAUUCUCUUUGACAGCUGCAGGUAUUCACUCCAUUUGGGACCGAGCUGUAACGUUCCAGUAUUCAAUCUUGAAUUUGAGGUCUCGAAUACUUGAAACCAUAAGUUUGUCCCUGGCGCCCGUCUUACUCCGGAAGAACCACAACGCCACUGAGCGCUGCACUAAAAAGUCUAAAAUUGUACGUCGUCAGUGGGUGAGCG